AUGGGAAAUGGCGCCGACUACGGCCCCCCGCAGUCUGCAGCCCCAGCAACGCCGACUCCCGACCCCUCGACAGUCGAGGCUCUGCGGGCCCAGACGGAGGGCGCGACGCGCGACUCGGCGGCCCCCGCGGCGCCCAUGCCGCUGCCGUCGCAGGUUGCCGCGCCUCGCGGCGGAAACUUUGCGCCGAUCCCGCCUCAAGCGGCCGUGGCGCCGGACCCUUCAGCCGUCCCGAACCCUUCGGCCGUGUCGAACCGGAUGGGCGGCGACGAGGCGAGUGCGCGGCGGCUGUGGCAGGUGGUUGCGCAGUCGUUCAAGGCGGCGGAGCAGCGGGCUAUCCCGAGUGAGGACAUCGACAACGUCGGCUCCAUCGCAGGAGCAGCCGCCUCUCUCUCCUCGCACUGCUGUCUCCUCUCGUAG